AUGGGUUCUGAUUUCACCAUUACUGGUGAUGCAUAUAGUAGCACUAGUUCUAAUUUGACACUGCAUGAGGCCUCUUUUGGUUUCUUUGCGCUUUGUGAGGACAUGAUGAGUGCAGAAAAGGUUUGGAGCUUAUCCAAUUUUCCAUCUGGCCUCUCUCAUGAAAGCCAAUGUGUUGAGCUUCUGUCCAAGAAUAAUGACCUUGGUGGUGUUCUUCUUCCUCCCUUUGAUAAUCUCAAGUCAUUGGAAGUGAGAACUGGGACUUGUGGGACGUCUCUAGCUCAGGCGAAGAACAUUACUGGGAAUCUGAAAGCUAAGCUUUGAUGCCCUUCCUUCAUCAUCUAAAGUUGGUAAAGAUACACUCAUAAACGGGUUCUCGGAAUGCGAAACUCAUAUUAGUCUGGCAAAGUUUUUGCUCAAGCAUGGAAGGGUGCUGCAGGAAAUAAUUCUAUGUUCAGGACAUUGCAAUUUUAGAGAUUCUCCGAGGCAGGAAAAAUCCAAGUCAAAAAUGAUGGGGUUCCCACGAGCUUCUUCUAAUGUAAAUAUUUCAUUUCACUGAUUCUUGGAGCCAGCCAACUUAGCUUAGUUGAUGUUUUGAUGGUAUGAGAAUUCAAUUGUUUAGACUUGUAGCAAUCCUAAUUAUAUCCACAGGUCAUUUCUCU